UCUUGUUUAUAUAUGAUACAUGACGUAUAGCGUUUCCUAAUGUUUUGCUUGUCAGGUUAGAAGCACAUUGGAGUCAAAUUUUUAAUCUCCCUGUAAUUAUUUCUCACAUCGUGAUUGAUUCGGAGCAAUCUUUCUUUUGAUAUGGCUCAUUUAUCACAAUUGUUCUCUCUCACAUUACAAAACAUCCGACAAACUGCAAUAUUAGGCAAUAUUAAUAAUUUAGCAAACAUAUGUGUCAGGUAUGCUUCGAAAAAAGCUAGCAGUAGUACCAAUAAUAAACCUUGUCAUCCUAGACCGAAACACAGAGGAUGGAAAGUACAGGAUGGACAUUAUGUACAAGCAGGCAAAAUAUUAGCCACACAGUUACAUACUAGAUUUCAUGCAGGUCUUAAUGUCGGUUUUGGGAAAAAUGGAACUUUAUUUGCCAUAGAAUCAGGCAAAGUAAUGAUAACUUGUGAGAAAAUUAAUCCUAAUUGGAAACAUGCCUGGAUUAGACGAUGUUAUUCUGGUCGUGAAAACCAAAUUAUAUAUAAGAAACAUUUUAAUGUUAUUCCUCAGCCACAACAUAAUCGAUUUCAAUUGAUUGAAAGAAUAUAAAUAUCUGUUAUAUAUAUAUAGAAAA